UUUUUAUUAGCCAAGCAUAGCCAAGCACAACCAAGCAAAUGCUUUUUGUACCGUCGUACCAUCUGCAAGCGCUGGAUACUUUGGAUUAGUGCAGUUGGUCGAGGUGCUUGCGGUGCUAGAAUUCAGUGUUUUGCGGAAGAGAUUGUCUGCGGAGAUGCCUAAAAGAAAGAGAUACAAGGCGUAUCUAUAUGACGCUUUAGUAGGCGUCCCGGCCCGCACGAGAUGUAGAAGGAAAGCCGCUGAAUCGUCAAGCCAGGUUGUCCCCGACGAAGUCGGCAGUAGUCCCGGCGGUUCUGAGAGCGACGAGAACACGCUAGGUCAUUUAAGCGAAGAAAGUGCACUCGCUUCUGUAACAUUAGCAGCCAGUCCACUCAACCUGUCGAACUCUCACGAAGACGGCUUGCGCGAACGCAGCCUUAACAGCGGUGCAUGUUUAGACAGCGAGGACGGUGACGUUGCAAGCACGGAGCCAUGUGACUGCAGUUAUCGGGACAGCUCAUCGACCGCCGACGAGGAAAGCGACCAAGGACCGGAGGAAUCUCAACAGGAAGAAAAUGAACUGGAUGUACCACUCUAUCCGGAAGCCAAAAUUUCAAAAGGCCAAUCUCUGAUUAUGGUGAUGGCCCACAGUCUACGACAUCAUUCGUCCAAGGAGGCAACAGAGAGCCUUCUAAAAAUUAUCGAUGCCCACCUGCCGGAAGGCGCAACUUUCCCAAAGACGAAGUAUCUUUUCUUCAAGAACUUCUCCUCUGUGCUUGAAUGUGAACGUACAACACAUGUUUGUUGUCCAAAAUGUAGUGAGUACCUUGUUUCACUACCAUGUGCCACUGCUGAUAUAGUUUGCUUGCAAUGCACUACUCAGCACAGGAUUUCUAGUCUUGUAGAGUCAGGCUCAUUUUUCCUUACUCUUGAUCUUGACGCCCAGAUCAAAGAGAUUUUAUUGAGUGGAAAGCUUCCACAAAACCGAAGGGCUCCUGCGUAUGAUGUUGCAGACAUCACACAGAGCACAGGUUACGCCACUUUGCCCCUGACAGAUGAUGACAUAUCUUUUACAUGGAACACAGAUGGUGUGCCCCUUUUUAAAUCAUCUGGUCAAAGCGUGUGGCCCUUGCUCCUCCAAGUCAAUGAACUUCCCUUCAAAGAAAGGGUCCAGAAGCUUCUGCUUUUUGGCCUGUGGUUUGGCUCUGGUAAACCAAACAUGAAUGCAUUUUUAAAGCCAUACGUUGACACAAUGAACCGCCUUUCUUCUGAGGGAAUUUCAUGGACAACUAAGAGUGGCAUGGCUAAGACAUGUCGUGCAUACCCAGGCCCGUGCACUGUUGACACUGUUGCACGUUGUCUUGUCAUGAACAUGACACAGUUCAACGGUGCCCAUGGCUGUGCAUGGUGUGAGCAUAGUGGAGAAGUCAUUGCCAAGGGUAAAGGACACACACGGGUUUAUCCCAUUGAAGAGGCAGCACCGAGGCUAAGAACACAAAACAGCUUCGAAAGACACGUGGAACAGGCACAUCGAAGGGGGGAGCCAUCUUGCGGCAUCAAGGGUGCAAGUGUUUUGUUUUUCAUGGCAUUUUUGAAAUUUCCAUGUUCAUUCGUAGUCGAUUAUAUGCAUGCAGUCUGCAAUGGAUUUGUUAGGACUACAACUUUCAUGUGGUUUAGCCACAAAAGACAAACAGAAUUUAGUCUUGGAUCACAUCUCGGGGAAAUUGAUCAAAGAUUGAGCCAGCAGACGCCAAUCUGGGAAACCACUAGGCUGCCGCGUUCGCUUCGUGAAAUGAAGUUCUGGAAGGCUUCUGAAUGGCGUGACUGGCUUCUUUUUUUUUCUCCAGUCGUCCUUAAGGGUUUCCUACCCAGAAAGUAUUACAAAAACUGGACAAUGUUUGUGGCACUGAUGCACUUCUGUUUGCAACCAUCCAUUCCGCUGGACAGAAUUGCAGAAGUUAAGAAGCUGUUUGUACGCUUCUUGAAGGAUUAUCAAGAGCUGUAUGGAAGAGAGUGCAUGUCUUACAAUGCACACAUUCUUCUUCACAUGGUAGACCAUGUCAGCCAGUGGGGGCCAUUGUGGGGUUUCUCAGCAUACCCUUUCGAGUCAAUGAAUGGGAGGCUACUCCGCCUUGUGAAUGGCACAAGGUACGCCCAUGCGCAAAUUGUUGAGAAGUUUGCGAUCUUGAUGUCCCUUCCUCAAGUUGUCUCGAAGAAUAACAAGUGGCAAAGUGCCGACCUGCGGUCACUUGUUAAUUCACUAGUUAAAGGCUACAACCUCAAGAGGAAGUUCACACAAAAGGGAGCUGUAGUGCUGUACGGAAAGGGGAGCCAGCAAGGAAGCGCUAUUAUGUACCAGAAAGCAGCAGUUGGCGCAUUCACUUACUGCGUAGCUGCAAAGGAUAAGUCCAGACGAAAAAAUUCUUUUGUUGUUUCUAGCGCAGGUGUCUUUGGACAGGUUGUGAAUAUUUUUAUAAAUCGUAAUGAACAGUCAUGUUCUUGUGUGUUCUUCAAAAUCAAGAAACUGCAUGUUGUCGACAUUUUCCUUUCCUGUUUGGUUGACUGCCAGUCAGUCUAUUUUGCCUCUGUUGAGGAAACAAAUGACCAUGCCAUAGUAAGUGCAUUGGACAUUAAAAAGUGCAUGGUUCUUUACUCCUCAGGAAAAACAGUCUUGUCUGCAAUUCACGAGGAGUAUGUGUUAGAGUCAAAUUGAAAUGUCAGUCUGGUUACAGUGAUUACGAAAAAAUGAAAUGGCGCUGAACAACAGGACAAAGGGAGAGCACAUACACGGGCUCUGCUAACAACAUGUGUCUGCUUCGGUCGUCAUACAUAAGCAGACAGCCACUAUAUAGUCACAAGGAGCAAGCGCAAACUCAAACUUCAAAUUAGCAACUCAGGUACGAUAUCUCCUUUUGAAAGAAGGAAAAUGGAGGGUAGGCUUACACAUGCGUCUCCACUACUGUGGAUGUGAUAGGCCUGACCCAAGACGAGCACGUUCAUCUCGGUGCUUUGAUAAGAAAAUCGGAUUUUCGAAAUACGGCUCGCAGUCGCAUUCAAUGCAGUGACAGUUGACUAUCAGUGGCCUUCUUUUUAACUUUGUUCGCGGGCUCACCCAUGUGUACAUUAAUGCACCGGCCAGUUUGUCCAAUAUAGAAACGCCCACAAGACAGGGGGAUCUUGUAAACAAUGGAUACACAACACUUUUUUAAAAAAGGCUGCCUAUGCUUCUUGCAACUUAUUGUGGCCUCGAUCUCGCGAUUGACCUGUCGACACAUGCUA